GCGAAACAGUAGUGAAUGACGAUAGUAAGUAAGGGAGGUGAGCAUAUAGUCCCGCUACGCUUGGGAAAAUCUAAACACGUGCAUCCAGUCCAGUGGCUUCCAGGAAGGCUACGACUGCUCCUAUAACCACAAUUGUGCUCCUGACGUCAGGACCAGGACCUAAAACAGCCUCAUCAGGAACCUGUGGUCUGGAAAUUUCCCCGGGAUGAAUGUUUACGCCAGUAAUUGCGAGCAUGACAGCAAGUCUUUUACAGAAAAGCUGAUGGAACUUCAUAACUCAUCAAUCAGACUCGCGAUGGAAAAAGACGGCAGGCGCCCCGUGCAUUUUGCGGAACCUUGCCCUGGUUAUUGCGGGGAGAACAACCUGGGAAGCUGGUGCUCGCCGAACUGCCAUUGUCACGUUUUGAAAAAAGUUAAUCCGCACAUAUAUAUGUGUUUUGAGGAUGGCAAACCACUGCCAAUGGGAUUCGAGGAGCUAUGACACACAGUUAUCUCUGUUGAACAUAAAUCUCUACUUAAUUUACUUAUGGAAAAGCUCAGUCUGAAAUAAAACUCCCAA